GUCGCUAAGUUGGCAACACUGCUUAAGGUAAAGGCGUGCAGCUGUACCUGGUUAUAACCAAUAGGGGGCCUCUGGCUGAAAACUGCUCUGUGACACUCGCAGUGCAUUGUGGGCCCACUGGCUCAGUCAAAAACAGACCGUGCAAAAAUGGAUGUGUUUCUUAUGAUCCGCCGUCACAAGACCACCAUUUUCACAGACGCCAAGGAGUCCACCACUGUGUUCGAGCUGAAACGGAUUGUGGAGGGAAUCCUUAAAAGGCCACCAGAGGACCAGAAGCUCUUCAAGGAUGACCAAACGCUUGAAGACAGUAAGACGUUAGGGGAGUGUGGCUUUACUAACCAAACUGCGAGACCCCAAGCUCCAGCCACCGUUGGACUGGCUUUUCGUCUGAGUGAUGAGGUCUUUGAGCCGCUGCGGCUGGAUCCGUUCUCCAGCCCCCCAGAGCUCCCGGACGUCAUGAAACCACAGGAUUCAGGCAGCACCACCAGCGAACAGGCCGUGCAAUGAGGGGAGAAGAGCUAGCGAGGAUGGGAGGGGAGGCUGGAGCGCGUGGCUGUCGGGGCUGGGGGAGCUAGGGUGCGGGUCAGGGGGAGCUGGAGAGAAUAUGGAAGAAACUUCUUGAGACAUGGGAGUGAGCAGCAAGGAUUCAGUUGGCAAAGUUAGGUACCAUCUCUGUGCUUUCUUCCUGUAGCCUUUGUAUAGCAAACACAUUAUUAACAGUUUCCAAACACAUGUUCACAACACACUUUAGAAUCCAUACUUGUAGACAGUUACUGCGUCUCUCAUGGACUGGCAUCCUGGCUCAACUUCUGUCAGACUUUGGGAUUCUGAGGAGUGUGGGAGAAUGUUCCAGUGCCAGCUAAACAUCCAUCUCCAGCUGCUGGGGGGUGUGCGACUGUGUUCAGUGUUUAAUGUAUUAUUGUUUAGUAUCGUUAUGAUUUGGGGGAUUAUUGGGUAGGUGCAGUUGUUGGUCCACUUUCAAGGUGUGCAUUUACCAACUGUGGUGGAGUUAAUUGAGCCUACAUUUGUUGCUGGAAUGUACUUGUGGACAUUCAUGCAUAGAAUUUGAAAUAUUGCACGGCAAGAUGCCAUUUAUGGAAAUAAGGAUUAUUUUUUCCCAGGCUUCCAUGUUCCUGCUGUUUGGUGCCUUUUUUCCUCAAUCCAGUCCUGUGAAUUGCUUUUCGCUGUUUUGUUCCUUGGCCACUAUUAUUCAGUUUAGAAGCUAGAAAAAAAUGUAUAACAGAUUUAAAGUUUCUUUCAGUAUUUUGUUCAGUCAAACCAAAGAUCUGGAAUCAAACUAAAUUUGGAGUUAAGUGGAAAAAAUGCACUGGAACUCACUGGAAAAUUGCAAGGUCUAGGUGGUAAAUUUAUGGAAUUCAGAACCAUGACAAAUUAACUCCGCUUGACAUUGACAGGGCUUGGGGAUCGACUGGGAUUGCCCUUAGCUGUGCCUGCUGUGCGUGUGUGAUACACUCUGACAACAUAUGCUUUAAACAUAAAUGUUAUUAGUUGAAUAAAGACUACUUUUUUAAAAACCUUGUGGCAGUUAAGCAUGUUUUAUUUGCAUUUGUGUCAUCUGUUGUAAGCUUUUGUGUUUUGAUAAAUCAAGGGCGUCUUAGUGAUUUAACAUCAAGCUAAUUCUAUGGUAGGCCUUAUUUUUUGAUGCUGUGGAAUUAUUCAAGCAGUUUUUCCAAGUGGAGGUUUUGAAGUCUAUUAUAUUUGAGCCUAUUCUGGUUUAUAGCCAUGUUUUUAUUUUAUUUUUCUUGCUUUUCUAUAAUAUACUAUAAUUUUAUUACUAAUAUCAGUGUAUGUAAAGUUCAUUUCUUUGAGUCAGGCACGAGUGUACCAAGUUUAGAGUAGUAUUUGCAUAUUGAUUUAAUGGCUGUUUGUUAUACGUGAAAUGCAUUGUAGUCAGUUUUUUUUUAAUUUUUUUUUUAUUUUUUAUUUUUUAUUUUUUACCUGGAGUUCCCUGUUCAUAAUUUGAUGUGAUGCCACUUUCUGUUUUCCCGUAAAUAUUCAAUGGAGAAUUUCAAUUACUGUGAGCGUUGGAUGUCCCAAAAGUUUGCCAUGCAGAUGAAUCACAAUUACUCCCUCCCCUCCCCUUUUAUUGUCAUUACAGUAUACAGUGGAACACCACAAAUUAAUUUGUUUAAUUCAUAUUAUGUUAAAUUCAAUGGCAAGCUAGGAAAAAUUUGGGAGUCUUUGUUUAUGUAAAAUGGUUAUGUGUUUUAGAGACUGACUGUAGAUUGAAGUGUUUGGUACCCUCAUUUAGUCUGACAGCACUGAGAAAAUCCGGGAUGCAUUCUGUCAUUGUGUCCUGUGGAAAUUAAGCUUUUCUCAUUUAAAGUAGAUUUCCUAAAUUAUCUUAGUGUAAUCAUGGUUUAGUACAUGCAGCCUUAACAUUUUAAAAUUACAGCAUUGACUAUGUUUUACAAAGGUUGAAAUUAUACAGCCAUUUUGCAGUCAAAAUAUUUUAAAAUGUGCAAUAUUUAAAUGUUAUUUUCAGCAGCUGAUCUGUAGGCCUUACUGCAGUUAUUCAGGAAAAAAACGAAUGUGUUUUUUUUUGUGGCUGAUUUCGUCUGUUCUGACUGUAGGGUUAUUAAUUUGACUUCAAUAAAUUGGUUUUGAAAGAAAUUUGAGUGUUUUUUAGUUUGUGAGAUGAUAUCACACAGAGGGCUGCAAAGCAAGAAUGAAUAAAUUUUGCCAUGGCACAUUUGGAGUAAAUUUUGGGACUCGUGUAUGCAGGGUACAUAGUUUCCGUUAUCUGAUAAUUAAUGGACUUUGACCCAGGAAAUCUGUUGAAGUCUGAAAAAUGUAUAUAAAAAAAAAACUGGUCAUAAUGUCUGGUGAAAUAAUUCCCUGUAAGCACAAUUAAGUAAAAUGUUUUAGCCAGAUAGGCCUGCAUGUAUUUUUUGGUUUGUUUGCGAAUUGUUUUUUUUUUUUUUUAAACUGUUUUUAUUUUAUUUGAGAACAUGUGGAAGUAAGCUGAAAGGAAUUUUGUGUUUACGUGUUACACAGUAGGCUUGUGUAAUAUUUACUUAUUUUUGCGUUAUGCACAUGAGUCUAUUGAUGGGACUUAUUUGAAGAAGCGUACUUUUAAAUAAAAAAUAUAAAUCUA